UGGCCCCGUCACCCGUCGCCCGGUCGAGCCACACCAAAAAUCAUCCAGCACCAAAAUCUUCGUGUGGUUCUUGCAGCCAGACUACCACCAAAAGGCGUCUUUGAUGCGCUGUUCAGCAUCACCUUCUUGAUCGCUGCGCCAUCGCGUUUUGCUGCUGUCGACACUUCCACCUUUCUCGACUUUUUUUUCUAUCCAAUCGCAUCCACCCUUUAGCAGUUGCUUCUCGCUGUUGCGCCUGCUUUCCUUUCUUCGCCCGCCUGGCUUUGUCUGCGAAUCCUGCGUGAAUCGAGACGCGACUCUCCCUCCGAGACCGAGUCGACCGGCGCAAACUCCAUCAUCAACGACUAAUUAUAAUCCCGAAAUCGAUUCUUUGGUCGCCGCCCAUCACUAUGGAUCAAAGAAACAGCACCCCGCGCCCGCGCCCGUCGCUCAAAUUCGCGAACCGGAGCUACCAAGCUUCGCCUCUGAACCCGAACAAGCGACUGGGCACCCCCAAGACUGCUCCAUCGCAGAGAGUCCUGAACCGCGACCCCAUGCCAUCGAGCAACCUCAACACAAGCACCAUCUCCACCGCGAGCAACCUCUUCCGCUCCUCUACCCUUAGCGCGAGCUCCAACACUACCCCCUUCGCUCCGAGCCUGCCUGCGAGCACCGCCAAGAAGGUCUUCGCGCCCGGCGCGACCCCGGCUUCUCAAAAGGUCUAUCGAGAGAAUAUCGCACAGGCGACCCCUCGCGGCAUGGCAGCCAAGUCGACGUCGGCCGAUCUCUUCCAGAUGCGCAUCCCCUCCCCGCCUCCCGAGCUGUCUGGCGAAGUUCUCGCGCGAGAUAUCCCCCCUGAGCUCGAAGCAAAGGGUACAGUGUACGCCGAUCAGUAUCUCAGCCACCUGGUUCCGGCCGAGUACGAUGAUUUGCAGCGUCGUCAGCUGUUCUGCGUUCUCGAUCUUCGUCGUCUGAAAUAUGCCGCCAACGAGAUCUUCAACAAGAAGGAUUGGAAGCUCAACAUUAUGAACUUUGCAAAGGAAUUCGAAAAGAGCCGGAGCUUGAUUAUGCUCAGAUAUGGCCUGUACGAGUUCAAGAACGUCAAGCCUUCAGAGGAGGUUUUGAAGAAGUGGAGGACCGCACAUGGAUUGCCUGAGCCCGAGGAGGAAGCUGCCGAUGCUAGCCCGUCCAGGCAGACUACCCGUUCCAAGCGCAAGGCUGAAGACCAGCUGACUCCCAAGGACGCGGCCCUUUCGAGCGCUUCCCCCAACAAGAAUAACAAGAGGCGUCUUGUGGACAGAGAGGAGGAAGAUCCAGCGACCCCGGCUACGGUCAAGAACAAGAGAAAGGCAACUGUCGAGGAUGAGUCGGACGAGAACCAGCCCAGCAAGCUGCAGAAGUCUACCUCGACGCCCUCGGCUACCAAGAGCAUGUUUGAAAAGAUUGCCAACAACCAAGGCCCUUCUUCGACGCCCAAGGCUGCCCCCGCCCCUGCUCCCAAGGCUCCGGAGGCCAAGCCCAGCAACCUCUUCGGAGCAGCACCCAAGGCCGGUAACAACGACCUCUCACGCUCCGUUUUCGAGAAACAGCUCAAGCCUGCCCAGGCAUCCAACAUCUUCGGUUACUUGUCUGAUGCUAGUUCGGCAAAGAACAGCGGUGUGGAGGCCGAUGCAGAGAGUGAGACCGACUCCGAUGACGAGGCGGAACCCAGCGUUGCCGCUAGUGGUGGUGCCGAAACCCCGUUGGGUCAGCCGGCCUCCAACCUCUUUGGUGCUAAGAAGCCUCUGUUCUCUGCUGGCGCCGCGACUGCUCCUUCUAGCACUUCAUCCGACGCCCGGGAGACCACUCCUUCCGGAACUAAGAGUCUGUUCGACCGCGUGACUAAGGGCAACAAUGGACAGCCUCUCCGCGCGGACUCGGCAGAGCCGGCGCCGGCUCCUGAGAAGCCAGCUUUCGCCCCGGCCAAGGAGCCUGGUCCGGCCCCGGUUAACGCUACCUGGAACCCCAACUCACCGAUCAAGUUCAAUGCCAACCCUGCGCCUAGCAAUGGACUCUUCGGUGCGUCCACAAACGGAUCGAGCUCCAUUUUCGGUGCUAAGCCUGCCGCUCCUGCUGCCCCUGCAUCCAACUUGUUCGGCGCCCCGAAGCAAGACGAGAAGCCUAAGGCCGAGAAGCGGUCUGCUCCCGAGGAGGACAAGGGCGCGGAGUCGGAUAAGGAAAACGACUCACAGCGCCCUUCCAAGUCUCCCUUUGGCGGCUUCUCCGGUUUCCAAUCGAAGCCGUUCGAGGCGCCUAAGAAGGACGAGGCAGCUCCUAAGCCGGUUGCCGCGCCGACUUUCGCAUUUGGUGCCUCCGCUCCCAAGGCGGAAGAGCCCAAGCCCGCCGCCCCGGCUUCCAACCUAUUUGGUUCUCAAGACAAGCCUGCGGGCUCUGUCAUGCAGUCAUCGACACUCUUUGGCGGCAACAAGCCUCAAGAAACACCUGCCGCCGAACCGGCUAAGCCCCUCUUCGGCGCCAGCACAUCGAGCACUUCGACUCCUUUCCAGUCGAACCCCCUUUUCGGUGCCAAGCCACCCGCGCCGAGCACCUCGAACCUGUUCGGUGCAAAGGCGAGUGAUGAGGGUUCCCAGGUCCCGCAGUUCGCUCCCAUGCCCGUUGCGGCUCCUGCCUUCAGCUUCGGCGCCAGCAAGCCGACGGAAUCCGCUGGGUCUCCCUUUGGUGGCAGCCCCAUGAAGCAGGAUGGGCCGCCAGCGAAGAAACCGUUCAACGCUCCCGCUCCCUCCACCCCGGCCGCACCAUCCGGUGGCAUGUUCAACUUUGGUGGACAUAGUGCAGCUCCAGCUAACCCCUUCGGCGGCGCUGCGCCUGCACCUCAGACAAACGGUGGCUCCAGCGGCCCUCCAAGCUUCGGCUCUGGAGGCGGUUCAUCCUUCACCUUCAGCGCUGGUGGUGGUGGCGGCCAGAGCUUCAACAACCCCUUCGCAUCUGCUAAUGGCGGCGGCUCGGGCUCUGCUCCUGCGCCCUCGGCCGGUGGCAUGUUCAACUUCGGUGGCGGCGGAUCUUCCGCGCCCUCCAACAGCUCUACACCGUUCCAAUUUGGCGGUGGCUCGUCCGCGCCUGCGCCUGCGCCGGCAAGCAGCACCCCCUUCCAUUUUGGAGGCGGCGCUCCCGCUCAGCCUGCUGCCUCGACUCCCACCUUUGCUUUCGGUGCCUCUAACGGAGCUGCCAAUGCUCAGGCACCUGCGUCUCAGAAGCCGCUGUUUGGAGCGUCGACCUCAGCACCCACGAGCAGCCUCUUUGGUGCCAAGCCUGCCCAGCCUCCCUCUGGCGGCAUGUUCGGUAACCUGCAGCCCCCAGCGGGGGCUUCUACUACUGGCACAAACUCGCCUUUCAACUUUGGCGGUGCCUCGAGUCUAGCUACGACUCCUGCCACUGGUACUCCCGAGCCGGCUGCGGAAGCCGAUAAGGCCGCCGGUGGUGAAGGCGACGAUGCUGAUGGCAAGCCUCACGAGCAGCUCAAGCUUACUGAGGGUGGACCUGGCGAGGAAGACGAGGAAAUCCUCCACGACGUCCGAGCAAAGAUUAUGAAGUUCAUUCCGGCCGGGUCCGAGGAAGACAAGGACAGCGGCGACGAUCAGCCCAAGAACAAGAGCCCUUGGUCAACCAAGGGUGUCGGCCCGCUCCGUAUCCUGAAGCACAAGAACACGGGCGCGGUUCGCAUGCUGCUGCGCGCGGAGCCUCGCGGGCACGUCGUGCUCAACCGCACCGUUCUGCCUGCCGAGACGUACAAGGCGGACAAGAAGUACGUCAAGCUCACGACCUCGAACGAGACGGGCAGCGGCCUCGAGACCUGGAUGGUGCAAGUCAAGACGGAGGAUUUCGCCAAGGCGCUGGCAAGUGCUCUGGAGGCCCACAAGUCUGCCAACAAAUGAGGCAAAUGAUGGAAACGCAAUGAAGAAAAGGAUUAUGGAAGAAUGCCAUAGCAUGUCUUUUUGUUUUUGUUAGCCCUCCGUUAUUUGGUCUGAGUUUUAUACUAGACGGAGAGAAAGUAUGUGUCUGUCAGUGUGUGACGGACAAAAUGUGACGGAGCGUUGGGUGUUUCGCGUAGCGACACAAAAAGAUAAGGUAAGGCAUAGCAUUGCUCUUUGGGCUCGGCGUUGGGAUCAUGUAUUUUGUUGUUUUUGGUCCUUAUUUUACCCUUCUUCACUCGUUUCCUCUCGAGGUUGCUGGAUGUUGUUGCUCUCCGUACCUCAUUAGGAGGGCGGGUUUGUGAGGAUUGAGAGAGGGGGUACUGAGAGGUGACGACUGAGAGAGAGAGAGUGUGUGGAAGACUCGAAUAAAAAGUACAGCUUGUAGAAGUUAUAUUGGGAGGAAUAGGGGAAUUGUAGUACAUUAUCAAAGGAAAUUGUGUACCUGACUUGAAGCUUCG